AUGAACGUUGCCAUACACAAGAAGACUGAGUACAGACGGUUGGCACAGAAUGAUUUCGACGAAUCCGACAGUCGGACACUGUUAGCAGCGGGUAGCAGCGGCAGCAGCGAUAGCGAAUUCGAUAAGGAGGAGGAGGACGGCAUUGAUGGCGGGCUGCUGAGCGGUGUUAAUGAUAGGCAGAAGACAGCCGCAGGACGAUGGUUUAGGUCCACGCGGGGUGUCAUAGUGGAUAUGGAUCCGCUGCGGGGUGGUCGAGACAACAAGGGCAACGAUAUGUACCAGGAGCUGGUCGGAACGGGGAAAAAGACUCUCCGGUGGUAUCUGCUGCUCGGUACGCUGGCCGUCAUCCUGACCGUGAUCGCCGUCGCGCUCGUCGUAAUGGUGACGGCCAGCAACGAUGAAGGCGUGCCGCCGGAAACGGCCCCGAUCGUGUCGGGCGGUGGUGAUCCGAUCACCCUUCAAGAUUUCCUCUCCGGACGGCUGACGGCCAGCGGGUACUCCGGCACGUGGACGUCGAACGGGAAGAUCAUCUACCGCGACGACUUUGGUGCGGUGAUGCUGUACGAUCCGGUGGAGAACGCCACACGGAUGCUGCUGAGCUCGCGGUACGAAGAUCUGUUGCAGGGCUUCAAGUUUGACCUGUCGCCGGAUGGAAAGUUCCUGCUGGUGGCGCGCGGUUACAGCAAGAUCUUCCGCCACAGCUACCUCGCCGUGUACGAUAUAGUAGAUUUGGGAACGCGUCACAUUCACCCGGUGAACGUCGGCGGGGAAAGGCGCGCCCUGAACCUGGUCGAGUGGGGUCCGGUAGGACACUCGUUUAUCUUUGUGCACCAGAACAACCUGUACUAUCGGGAGAGUCCAACUGCGACCGAGGUGCAGAUCACGACCGAUGGCAGUGCGAGCGUGUACAACGGCAUUCCGGACUGGGUGUACGAGGAGGAGGUGUUCUCCACCAACAUUGCCACCUGGUUUUCGCCCGACGGCCAACGGAUCGCGUUCAUUCGCUUCAACGACACCCAGACACCGCUAAUGAAGAUUCCCAUCUACGGUCCGCCGGGCAACCCGGACUACCAGUACCCGCACGAGCUGUCCCUGCACUACCCGAAGGUGGGCACGAAGAACCCCGAGGUUCACCUGUUCCAGUACGAUCUGCGCGAGCAGAAGAUGCAGGAGGUGCUGCCCCCGCAGGAGCUCGUCUCGCCGCUCCAGGACCACAUCAUCACGAGCGUCGGCUGGACAAACGACCGCCUGGUGACGAUCUGGAUGAACCGCGUGCAGAACCACGCAAUCAUGCGCUCCUGCCGGACCACCGAACCGGCCGCCGGCGAAGGCGACCAGUGUAUGACGGUGCACGAAAUCAAUCAGAGUGGCGGUUGGUUGGAUCUGUUCAGUGCACCCGUAUUCAACGCGGACGGUACGCACUUCCUCGUGAUUGCCUCGCAGAGCCAGGGUUCGGCCGGCGAUUACAAACACAUCACCAUGAUCUCGACCACGGAGCCACGCUCGGUCGUGCCGCUUACUAGCGGCAAGUUUGUCGUGCAGGAAAUCCUCAAGUGGGACGGUGUCAGCAAUCUGAUCUUCUAUACCGCCAACACCGAGCAGGAAUCACACGUGCUGCACGUGUACGCCAUCGAUGGCAAGCCGGGUGCAACGGCACAGUGUCUGACGUGCGAUGUGGAAGUUAGUGCGAACCAGAGCGUCUUCAACGCACAGAUGAGCCCGAUGAGCGGUGACAACUAUCUGGUGCUGGAGGCGCGUGGUCCCAAUAUUCCCUGGAGUCACGUGUUUCACUGGAGCGUCGCCGAAGGAUCAAACGACGUUCAGCUGAAACUAAUCAAGGAAUGGGAAUCGAACAGACAUGUCGAGCGGUUACUCAAGGGCAAGGCACUUCCGCGCGUGGAAAUCCACGAGCUCGAUCUCGGCAACGGAUUCACGGCGAAGGCGAUGCUGCUGAUUCCGCCGGGCGUGAACACAACCAGCGCAGACGUCAAGCACCCGAUGCUGGUGGACGUGUACGGUGGUCCGAACUCGGCCAACGUCGUCGGUAGCUGGUCGAUCGGCUGGGGUACGCAUCUCGCCUCGAACCGCUCGGUCGUGUACGCCAAGAUCGACGGCCGGGGAAGCGGCAAUCGGGGCGAUCGGCUAAUGUUCCAGAUCUACCGCCAGCUCGGUACGGUCGAGGUGCAGGAUCAGAUCACUGGGGCGCGCAAGUUGGCCGACCUGCUGCCCUACGUCGACCGGGAGCGUAUCGCCAUCUGGGGCUGGAGCUACGGAGGGUACGCAUCGGCGAUGGCACUUGCACAGGACACGAACCAUGUGUUCCAGUGUGCCGUUUCGGUUGCACCCGUGACCGAUUGGUCGUUCUACGACUCAAUCUACACCGAACGUUAUAUGGGAUUGCCGAGCCCGAGCGACAACCGUCGGGGCUACGAAGAGUCUCGGUUGACGGCGAAACACGAACAAUUCCGCAAUCGCUCCUACAUGCUUGUGCACGGCACCUACGACGACAACGUGCACUUCCAGCAGGCGAUGCAACUGUCCCGUGCCCUCGAAACGCACGACAUCCAGUUCAAACAGGUGAGCUACCCGGAUGAGGAUCACAGUUUGGCCGGUGUCCGUCCGCAUCUUUACCAUACGCUUGGUAAAUUCUUCAGUGAAUGUUUAAAGCUGGAUUAGGCGUGGGGAUUCUCUGUAUAAAACAACUGAAAUCAACCUUAAACAGAGACCCAACGAUGGGGGAAAGUACAAACCAUAAAUAGCCACAUACCAGGCACCCUUUCAGGGGUCAUUUUUCAUUUCCGCCCCAUCUGUGAUCCUCACGAGAGAGAAUUCCUUUCGAAAUGUGAUCGGAAAGAAAAACAACCCAAUUAGGUAAAAGUUCGGAGGAACUUACAACAACCUUCCUCAUUGCCAGGAGUAUUCACUCUUUAAACUGUUUUAAAUAGUCGCUAGCACUUCAAACAUAUUGCCGUUUUCCAUUCCUAUCCCUUGCAUGGUUUGUCAAUGUGGAGGAGCUAUUUUACGAUUCGAAAACUUGCUUCCACGUGAUGCUUCCGGCUGCAACUAGCCAGCGAGCUGUAUAUAAUUAUAAUUUAGCUGUACUGGUCGUUAAGUAGACAGUUUUAUCCCAUAAAGACGGAACUCGAUUGAUUGGGAAGCCGAUCUCCACAAUCGCCGGUUUGUUGAGUUCCCGAAAGCAUUUUGUUGAAGUACCGGAAGUUCCGAGUCGACCUGUUCUUAUUUCUUUCGUAUUGAGUUUAUCUUUUUUACAUAAAAGAAGGUCGCAGUGGGCGAGCACAAGAAGCAGAUUUUAAAUCGUGUAAAUAUAGGGAGAAAAAGCAAGUACAGAGUAGAACAAUAAGACACCUAAAGUUAAAGGGUACAAAAGUAAAUGAAAAAAAAGCAAAAAGGAUGAAAGCAGGUUCAAAAUCAAAGAGAAGUGUAGCUGGGGUUUAGAGAAGGCAAGCGUUUUAAUGAAGGAUAUUGAUAUAUCCUACUGCCGCAAGAGUAUCGUUUGGACGUAACGAUCGAAUUCACGGGAAAGUGUUGCAUGUGUGUUUACAAAACACUAGUCAUGGUUUACAGAGGGUCUGUGUCCCGUGUAGCUUAAAUCAGUUAUGCAAAGAAGACAUACCAAGUAGGCGCUGGUUGGGAAAAAAAGAAACGAUAAUUGAAAGUUAGCGAGCAAUCUUAGAAGC